UCUCUCGUAUCUUGUCUGUUUGUCAUUCCGCUUACUGCUUUCUCGAGCUAGACCAAAUUGUUCGCAAAUUGUUAUCCUGAAAUCCUGGUUGCAUUUUGCGAAACGAAAUUGAAAAUCGCGGAUCUCAACAUGUAAAUUGCGUAAAAUAAAUUCAUAUUAACUAAAAAUUUGUGUCAUCUCGAUCGAUCUUAUCUAUACAAAUAUAUUUAUAUAAAAUCAAAAUAGUGAUUGCUGACUGUACGUUUUUGUGUGUGAAAAUUAUGAAUAAGGAUUAAUACCUUGAUCACAAUGGCCGAUCCACUUGACCACGAGCAAUCUCCAUCCAGAAAUAAUUCUUUAAAAAUAUCCUUACCUACAGUCCUUUGUACCCCAGACUCUUCAGAUAAAAAUGACAUUUCUUUGAAGAAUAAUUUCGUAACAUCUGAAUCAAAGUUGUCUCUUCCUUCCAAUCUGGGAACUCCUACAUCACCUUUACGAUUAUCAUCCCCCAUGUCGUUACCCACAUCUCCUACGCCUUUUAUUAAGAGUAAACAAAGUUCAACCCUGAAUCCAAAUCAGCAAGAUGUCAAGAACAAUCUGGAAAACUCCGGCUCUGCUACCGGCAACCCUCGGAACAAAUGCGCACUGCAGCCGGGGCACAGUUUGAUGGACUGGAUCCGGCUAGGCAACUCCGGAAGGGACCUGACCGGCGUCGGCGGCCGGGUCCGGCCCGUCUCGCCGGCGGAACUCGCCGCACACAAUACGCAAAAAGACGCAUGGUUAGCCAUUAGAGGUCGCGUGUACAAUAUCACCCACUAUCUGCCGUACCAUCCUGGAGGACCUGAGGAGCUGAUGCGUGGUGCUGGCAUGGACGCUACACAGUUAUUCGACAAAGUUCAUCCAUGGGUCAAUUACGAUUCACUUUUAGCAAAAUGUUUAGUUGGCCCCUUAACACAUGACCUGCCAAGUGCUGAAGAGCUAUUCGAGUCCUCCAGUCCUUCCCCGAAAUCAGAUCGUCUCAGAGAGCCAUCCAAAGCACAAGAGUUAGUUAGGAAAUCCAUGGAAAACUUAGCCAAUUGUAUCACGCCAGUUAGAAAGAAAAUUACUUCAAAAAGUGACGAGAACGUCAAAGGAAGUCCACCUAGUAAAAUAAUGCAGAGUUUAAUACAAUCUAGUGAUUUACCUGUAUCUAUAAGUAGGAGAGCGGCGUCUAGUCCAGUAAAAUCGGUAGAAAAACCAGAAGUACCACCGUUACGAUGUGACUGGAUACAGACAUCGAGAAAAAUAACGAUAUCUGUGUAUACGGGUCCACUAGCGAACCCGGGCGGCUGUGCUAGAAUCACUGAAGGAAUCUUGUUAGUCGAAGUAGCCACGAACGGGUGGCUGAGGACACUCAAAGUAGUUCCCGAGGCGAGGUUGCAAGAGCCAUUACAGCUGAAAGUGUAUGCCGAGAGCGGGAAAAUAGAUAUCAUCGCCCAAAAAGCAGAAGCAGGCGUAUGGAAAAGUUGCGAGUUAACUCCCGGUGUCGCGACGCCCGUGUCCUCCCCGCGGACAGUGGACUGUAAGGUGGAACAUGUGGGAGAAGUGUCGCACGACACCGUGCUGCUCUCGCUGCAACCCCGCUCCGGACCCGUCGUCGUGCCAUUGGGCUACCACGUUAGAGUUCAUAAACGAAUAUCAGGUUCAGAAUGCGUCCGUUCCUACACGCCAGUGGGCGAAGGAUGGGGCCCGCCAGCGGAAGGGUCCUCCCCACUCCGGCUGGCAGUGAAGAAGUAUGCAGACGGGGUCCUGUCGCCUCACCUCGCAGACCUCAAAGUAGGAGACACAGUCCAGCUGUCUGGACCUUACGGGAACUUUCAGCUGCAAAAGCUUAAAUCCGUCAAAACAAUGUUUUUGUUUGCCGCCGGCACUGGCAUCACUCCAAUGUUGGGUCUACUAAAAUUCAUGCUGCUCAGAUCCAAUCCGAGAUGUGAACGAGUACAUUUGUUAUUUUUCAACAAAACUGAAAAAGACAUUCUCUUCCGAAAUCAUUUCGAAGAUAUAGCAAGUGAAGACAAAAGAUUUAAAAUCACCCAGAUUCUAUCAGACUCAAGUUCAACCUGGUCCGGUCUAAAAGGUCGGAUUACCGAAGAAUUAGUCUCAAGUGUAUUGGAGAAAGACACCAUAAAAUGCAAGGAACAGUGCAGUCACUUUGCUUGUCUUUGUGGGCCUACGGAGUUUACUCAUGCCGGUCUAAAGUUGCUGAAGAACUUGGAUAUGAACGAGAAUUGCAUACACGCUUUUAUGGGAUAAUAUGUAAAUAUGUACAUGCGAGUAACAAUAGAUAAUUUUACAAAUAUAAUUUAUUGCUAUACCGAAUUUUGUGGAUCAAGCCGUGCUUACGUGCGUGCUACUUGCGACAGGCAUUGCUAUACAAUACUAUUUAAAAAAUUUCACAGCAUGUUUGGACGAUUGAACUAAGUAGCUUUCCACAAAAACAAAUAUGUAGCUAGAAGUGAAAAAAAACUCCGCCAUAUAAAUCAGUCUUAAGUAUGUGAAAGAAAAAUGUUUUUUUUUCGCUUUUUAUAAUGAAACAUACUGUUAAAAUUCAUCUAGUAAAUGAUUAGCGAUUGCAUUUUAGACGAAAAUUCUCGCUUGUAAUAACUUGUAAAAAUUUGUUUCGAAGUUGACUUGAAUCAUUUAUACAUAAGGCUUCCAGUGUUACUGUCUUGUUCUAAAAUCUAUUUUUAAGUAGACUAGGUAUUAGAUAAAGGUAGUCCCAAGAGUGAGAUUUAGUUUUCAUAUGGUAGUAUAGUGAAUAUGUGAGCUAGAAUUUGUAUAAGUAAUACGUAAAAUAUUACUUUUUAUCAUCAGUAACUACAAAUGUCCGCAAGUUAUAUCGAUAAAAAUAUUUUGUUGUUUAAUUAGAAAAAUAAUCACAAAAGUUUUGUACAGACAUAAAAAGAAAUAUGACUUAAAUAUAAUCUUUUUACUAAUAAAACAAUCUACGGCCAAAUAUAGAAGCACCAAGACAUUAGAAAUAAAAGUUUCUAGGUUACUACCUAGGUACACUAGGUUCCUGUCGUUAGAUCGGUAAUAAAAGUGUGAUAACAUAUGUAUGUAAUUACGUGGUAAUUUUGCAUUGAUCAGAUUGUGAUUCGAAAUGAAAUAAAGACAAGUAAAAAAUUAUUUAAAUUUAUGUAUUUAAAAAAAAAUAUCAUGUGUUAGAUACUUUUGUAAAUUCUACUAUUACGAGUUUAGUCUUUUUGGAGACGAUAAGAAUCCAUCCAAAAUUUUAAUAUUCUACCUUGAUUCGUACUCAAUAUUUUACCUAAUAGAUAACCGAUGUAGUUUAUUCAUGAGAUGACCAUAGAUUUUUUUUUAAAAGCAUGAUAAAAUAAUAUAAAAAAAUGUAAAAUGAGUAUGUAAAAAACUGAGUGUUAAUUUGCUUAUAUGCUUGCUCAUACCCAGUUGCCCAAAAAAUUAUUAUGAUUAAUAAAAAUUUGAUUUCAAUUUACUACAUAUUUCAGUUUUUUAU